AAAAAAAAAAAAAUCAAACCGACGAAAUGGAGAUAUCGAUCUCCUAUACCGACCGUACGGACAGCAGCUCGAUUGCACGAUUGCGGUUUGAGGAGAUUGCGUUUUGGAAAAGGGAACCCGAUCGCUCGAUUGAUUGCUACUCCGGCAAACUCCGACCUCACUCCGAUUCGGUCCUCCGUCGUCUUCCGGCGCUGUUUAAGGGUCGAAGAGGCUACAAUGAGCCACAACGUCAUCAUACACUUCAGAUGUGAAGGUCGCAUGUAUUGUUUAGUGUUGAAGCAUGCUGUGGAGGAGAUAGAUCUUUCAAUGGUAGAAGCACGCAUAUGCAAAAAGGUGGGGCUUGAUGAAUGUAAUGUGAAGUUGAAAUUGAGUUACAUUCCACUGCUGGUUGGGAGUGACGAGAAAUUCGUCAUUUGUGAUGAGGAGGAUCUUUGUGGUUAUCUUUUGUCCCUUGAUAAAAACAACCGUAGGUGCAUUUUGUUGGUGGAGGUCAUCGAAAGGUUAGAACUCUCAGAGCAACUUUCAAGAGCGGGCAAACCAAGUUCAAAACGAAGUUCAAAAGCGGGGAAACAAAAUUCUGUAGGUAUGAACUAUGAGGUGUGCCAUUCGAAUGAUGAUGAAAUCGGAGAUAAAGCCAUAACUCGAUAUGGUGGCGACAAUCAAGUUAAUAAACAAUAUGAGUAGAGGAUUGUGGCGAUUGAAGAUGGAACCUCAUGUUUUAUUGAAAAGUUUUACUUUGUUUUAUUUGACUUUAC